AUGGAUGUCGCCUACAACCAGCAUUCGAGCCACGCGCGGCGCAAGAACCGAUCCUCGACAAACCUGAACCACCUCACCCUGGCCCCAUUGACCACGAAGCUGCCUCUUUCGGAUCCGGAAGAGCUUGCUGCGAUCCAAACAGCCCCGCUCGUGCCGAGCACCUCGUACCUACAGGGAAAGUCGGCUCCGACUACGCCGAGGCUGCUCUCACACUCACCCGCCCGCUCUCGCUCGCAGUCCAGGCGUCCGACCGGGUCCGCAUCACUGCCCAAGAGCAAGUCUACCACCCACCUGCACAGGACCUCAACCUCGGGCACCGCCACGCCGACCGCCGCCGGCAGGCGCCAUCGCAUGGGUGAUGCCAACGGCGGAGGUCCGCUAUCGGCCAACGACCCCAGCAACAGCGACUGGCUCCUCAGGGCCGGUGCCAUGUUGAGCGGCGAGUACCGCGAGUACAAGGGCCAGGCGUGGCUGGAGACUAGAGCCAGCUCUACCAACCUAGUGGGCACGCACUCCGCCGCGCUUGACGCCGAGGAGAUCGCCUUCGAGCACAAGAUGGCGAGGGAGUAUCAGCACUCGAGCAGUCGUCACCACAGCCGGCGUGGCAGCGUGCAGAUCCUCGAGGACGAGUCUAUAUACAUGACGGCUACCUCGUCACCUCCGGGCAGCCGGCUGCCCAGUCGUUCGCAGAGCCGUGUAAGCAGCCGUACGCAAUUAAUGACGCCCCGAGAGCGUCGGUCAAUGGACGGCUACUUCAACGGCCACCACAAUCAGGUCGAUGACGAAAUCCCAGGGCCCGACUUUGUCAACCUCGACGAGAGGCUUGAGGCGAUCGAGCAGGACACGAGCGUCGAGGACGAGGCUCACGUUCGCAGGCUUGUCAAGAGGGAGAAGCAGGACGGCGCCGGGGCCUGGUUCGGCAACGUUCUGGGUUGGCGGUUGUUCUCAGUGGAGGAAAACGACGAGGAAACUGAUGAGGAAGAUGACGAGGAGAGCUACGUUGCCGGAGAGUCCGGCGGAGACGCAUCACCUUACGACGUUUCCGUGACGGAGAGGCGGCGCACCAAUGGCCUCGCUCGAUUUGAGGGUAUCACCACGGUCCCCGAGGCCCGAGUUCCGCCUCCCAAAGCCGACGAAGGUGGCUGGCAAGACGCUGCAUGGCUGCUAAGCGUCGCCUCCAAAGUCUUGCUGUAG